GCCCACAUUGCAACACUUGGGUGUGGCGAACACUGAAGAUCCCCUCACACUUCCUGGUUGAAUCAUCCCGCACAGCACUUCCACGCAUCAUGUCUGAGUGGAAGAAGAGGUGCGAGGCUGAGUGGGGUCUGCAGGGCGCCCCGAUGCCCGACGGCGUGGACUGGAAGUCCGCGUAUGAGGCCAAGCCCCUGGGAAGAAACCUGCUGAAGAACACAGCGCCUUUCGGGUUGAGUAAGGAUGCUCCUCCACCAGAGCCUGAGCUGCCUGACGCACCACGAGGCGGACCUCCUCGUUUUCAGCCUGACGGGGAUUUUUCUGGCUGGACCACGAGCACAGAAGUCCUGCCGCUAGACUCCAGUGGCAUCCCAGCAGGUGCUGUGAUUUGUGCAUUACCUCAGUUCAGCUGGUUCACCUUGGAGCAGGUUGUGGACCUGAAGGCUGAGGGUCUCUGGGACGAGCUGCUGGACGAGUUUCAGCCUGAAAUCGUCGUUCAAGAUUGGUAUGAGGAGAGUCAGGUGCACGAGUCCAUCUACAGGCUGCAUGUGAAGUUACUGGGUGCUGACAAAAGCACGGUGAUCUCUGAGCACGCCGUCAACCCCAGCGAGGACCUGAGCACCUACUCCCACAACUGGAAGGAGGUGUCACACGUGUUCUCUGGCUAUGGACCCGGGGUGCGAUACGUCCACUUCCUGCACCGGCUGAAGAACAGUUUCCUCAAUGAUUUCUUUCCCACUUUGUUCACUGGCAGCUCAGUGAUUGUGAGACCAGUCAAAAGCAGUUCAUAGGCUGAAUUUUCAGCCAAUUAAUUGAACUAGUUUUUCGCUUUUAGAGUGUGUAAAAAACAGAAAAAGAAAAAAAAAAUGCUGAUAUUAACAUGAUAUUUUAUUAUGUUUUGGGGGGUUGAUUUGAAGCUAUUUUAAUAUAUAUGUUUGAUUUUUCAAAUAAAGGACUGGGAUUAAUCAAGGUUUUCUACUUUAAAGUUCUGAUUACAGCUCUGCUCCAAUAAUAAAACAAGCAAUUAUUCUCAGAGU